CCCAUGGGUGGGCCACACGUCAGGCAACCGAAGAGCAAAUUAGACACAACCGGAAGCAGCGACUCGUCUAAUGAGCAGACAUUCGCUUAUACGAGGGAUCGGCUGUUGGGCGCCGUCGAGAAAGUGAGGAGUGGUAUGCUAUUAGCCCGCGCCUCCCCCUACAGACACGAAGAAGGCACCCAAACGCCCACUUCGUUGCAAACGCCGUCCCAAACGCCUAUUGAUAAGGCAUUACUGGAGCCGCCGGAUGGGCCGCUCCGCCAACGGAGACCCACUCCCGUCCGCUUUGCCGACGACAACGACGUGUUUAUCGAUGACAAUCAAACCCACACUCGCUAUCGGGCGCCACACCCGCCGAGUCGGACGUCAAUGACGUCCAUGUCUUCGGGCAGAGGGAGCAGUGGUCACGACGGGUCCGGAAAGACCACAUCUCUGUCCCACUCGAGGGGCGACUCAUUCCAAAACUCGCCGCAAAGCGAACUCCAGUCCACCUCUAAUAUCAUCGAUAAGACCGCGUCCAGCAGUUCCGGUAUUGUGAGCGCAACGCUAUCAUCAAACCUGCAUUCCUCGACGUCUCCCGGACAGAGUUCAGGCAUCUCUGCCUCAUCCGUGUCGGGCACUACUCAUCGCCGCAAACAUCACACAGACGUGCAAUCCUUGCGAAACAAGUCAUUCCCACAUAAGACCCGUUACGCGGGCAUUGAAUCGCCGCAAUCGGAGCCCAUAUUCCCCUCCUAUGCGCCACCGAUGGAGCCGUUGGACGUCUCGGUCGACGAGAACUACGAGUUUGACUCCAUAUCGCCUCUGGAGGCGGAACUGAUCGAGAAGUUGCGCGGAGAACAACAGCGAUGGCGUCAAUGGCAACAACACCGACGACCGCCGCCACACCACCAACAGUCACAACCACUACACUAUCCAUACCAAUCACAGCCACAACAACACAGCCAAAGGACACCAUUCAGUGACUCCGAAGUGUACGGAAUCGUGUCGUCCAGACGUCGACACGAAGACGCGGACGCGAGAUGUGCGGCACUGAAGGAAGAGUUCUUCCGAUUCCGACGGCGACAGCAAUACCUCCAACAACAACAACAUAACGACACCAGAGAUGCCGACCAGAGCUCUUCGGACGAGUUUGAGAGCGCCUGUUAGUAGUGAUCACUGAUCACAGCCCGCACACACACCACCCCAUCGUCAGUGACCGCCGACUUCUUCAUUAAGACUUUCAAACAAAUUGUUAUUUAUUUUGUGAAAACUGAAGACUGAAUUUCAUAUGAAAAUCACUGCC